AUGUCCAGCCUUCAGAAGGAGAUAAACGAGCUCGCAUCUGGCCCGAAGACAACAAACACCCCAAAGCUUCUCAAAAGUUAUCGCAGACGGUUUUCCUACCGCCGAGGACGCCUCCAUAAAUUAACGAGUGAGGGAGAGCUGUACGCGAAAAGUGAUGUCCCCCCUGACGAGUCUACCGAUGGGGACCAAGAUGAGAAUCCCAACGACGAUAUGACGGAUGCAGUGAUUGGGGGUGUCCAGUCUGAUCAAGCUCUUCUUUCGGUGGACAUGCCAACUGCUCGGAAUGUCCCCCUGUCAAGGACGCCUUCCACAGGCGCCGAGAUGGAAGAAGGCGAAAACACACGCAGGAAGGUGAAACGCCAGCACGGCCGUAUUCCAGAGGCCCCUACUCUGAGGCAGCUCCUGCGCCACAAGCAAGAGGCGGUCAUCCUCGAAUUCCCUCAGCCUUGCGCUGAUCAGUCCGAGGUGCUUGCCAUUGGGACAUUGGAGGGUGACAGACGUGACAGUAGUGAAGAAGACAGCGGUAGCGAGGGAUGUGAUAUUAUUUGA